UACAAAUACAAGUAUCACCACAUCCCAGUAUUAGAUUCAACAAUUCUAUUUGUAGUAUAUAGCUCAGUUGGUAGGUUAUCUGAACAUAAAUUGAUGGUGAAAAGAAGAAGCAAUUGCAUGAUCAUGCUUAAGCUUAUAAUGGGAAAGCUCAAGAAUAAUCUUGUUCAACUUAUUAUUCCACAAGUUGAAUAUGUGGAAACUCAAAGAGCAAAUGAAGAAGUGUUGCCAAAUGAUGUUAAAGAAGGACACUUUGCUGUAUUCUCAGUAAAUCCAGAGGAGGAGCCAAAGAGGUUUAUUGUGGAAUUACAUUGGCUUACUGAUCCGUCGUUCUUGAAAUUACUAAAACAGGCUGAAGAUGAAUAUGGAUUUGGACAAAAAGGUGUUCUUGAAAUUCCUUGUCGUGCUGAGGAAUUACAAAAGAUUUUGGAACUCAAGAUUGGAUAAAUUGUAGUUUAAUUAUAAUUGGAAAUAAUUAACGUAGUUCCUUGUAUACAUUAUAUAUGGUAGCUAGGU